UGGUUACCAUCAGUCAACCUUGGCUGCUGUGUGUCAUGCUGCUUUCACCCAGAGCGGAGUAGCUGCUGUGCUUUCAGGACACCUCCUCCUAUUGUGAGCGACUGUGUCCAGAAAUUCUCAGAUCCUCUGGAUUCAUGUGACUUCAGCAAACUUGUAGCUUAAAAGAAGCAUCUUCCCCCUUAAAAGCUUUCAUUACUUUCUUUUGAAAGAAACGAGUUCCAAAGACAUCGGAAUGGGCUCCACGACGCUUCCUGUGACCUUGGCCAUUUCAGCGGCCGGCGGCGACGUGAACAGAACGAGCUGCGACAGCCUCUACUCCCACAGGAGCUACGCCAGAGUCUUCAUGCCUCUGGUCUACUGCGUCGUGUUUGUUGUGGGUCUGUCGGGAAACUGCCUCGCGCUCCACGUCAUCUGGCCCAACCGGAAGAAGAUCAACUCCACCACCCUGUACUCGCUGAACCUGGUGGCGUCCGACAUCCUCUUCACGCUCUCGCUGCCCGUCAGGAUCGCCUACUACGCCAUGGGCUUCCACUGGCCGCUGGGCGAGGCGCUGUGCAAGAUCUCGGGCUUCAUCUUCUACAUCAACACCUACGCGGGCGUCAACUUCAUGACCUGCCUGAGCGUGGACCGCUUCGUGGCCGUGGUUCUGCCUCUGCGCUUCGCCCGGCUCAGGAAGGUCAGCAACGUGCGGUACAUCUGCGUGGGGGUGUGGCUGCUGGUUCUCGCACAGACCGUCCCUCUUCUGGGGAUGACCAUGACCAAGAAGGAGCCCGACGGCUUCGUCACCUGCAUGGAAUACCCCAACUUCGACGCGGUGGACCACAUCGCCUCCAUCCUGAUCGGCGCCGUCUUCCUGGGCUACGUCAUCCCUGUGGUCACCAUCCUGGUCUGCUACUCCGUCCUGUGCUCCAAGCUCCACGCCACGGCCAAGGCCAACCACCUGACGGAGAAGUCCGGCCGGAGCCGCAAGGCCAUCGGCGUGAUCUGCUGCGUGUCGCUGGUGUUCGUGGUCUGCUUCAGCCCCUACCACAUCGACCUGCUGCAGUACAUGGUCCGCAAGCUGGUGUCGGCGCCGGACUGCGCCGACCUCGCCGCCUUCCAGGUGUCGCUGCACGUCACGGUGUGCCUGAUGAACCUCAACUCCGCCUUGGACCCCUUCAUCUACUUCUUCGCGUGCAAGGGCUACAAGAGGAAGAUCCUGAGGCUGCUGAAGCUGCAGGUCAGCCUGUCGUUCUCCAGCGCGGUGCGCAUGUCGCCCGAGGGCUCGUCCAAGGACUUCAUCGACGGCAACAAGAUCCAGCUCAACAGCACGGUCAGCGAGAGACUCUCGGAGCGGAGGUUUCACCGGCACGAGUAGAGCGAGGCGCCGAGGCACAGGACGUCGCGGAGGAUGAGUCUCGGCGGAGCCACUUCGGUCUGAACAGCGUCUCGGAGAACCUGGCUUGAACCUUGAAACGGACGGAGCCGUGCCGUGAUGGAUGCGAAGCCGCUGCUGAGCACCUGCUUCCAGGACGGAGUUCAGUGGCUUAUUCAUCACAGAUGAAGAAUGAUUGGCAGUCUCAAAAACAGAAGAACGGCAUCGCUACUCGCAAAACUGUUUCACUGGUUUCACUGGACGGUUUCAAAAAGCAGAACCAGCUGCUGGGAGUAGAGACUGUGAUGAGUGAUGCAUCUGAAUGUCGGCAUGUCUGGACUCACAUUUGGCGUCUUUUGACUUAAAAAGCAUGAAGCAUGAUAUGUUCAAAGCCAUCUCUCUCAAACACACACACACACACACACACACACACACACACACACACACACACACACACACACACACACACACACACAAACCCACACACCGUUUUUAAAUGCACAGUGACCUCAUAUCUGAACCCAAUGUGACGUGGUCGACGCAAGCAGAUGUCGAGCAGCAGAUCUGGCGGAGCAGAGUGGCCGUCGCUGCUCUGAAAGCCUCAUUCAGUUUCCUAUAUAUCUGUUGGUUGUGUAAUUUUAUUUUUUUGGUUUCCUCUAGGUUUCAGGGCAGCUAAAAAUUAAAACCUCUCCACAAACUUGAUCUUGUUCAGAGCUGUUUGUUCAGAUGAGGAGUUUCACACAGCUUGGAAAACUCUUGUUUAUCACAUUGGGGAAAUUUAAAAAACAAAUCGCUCAGAACUAUUUCUUUGGUCUGACAUAAGAUUAUAACUGACUCACCCUCAGUGUGUGAUACAAAUGAGGAACUGCAUUAAUCCCAUUUGGCUUUCACCUAAUAAAGUGUUUAAUACUGACAGUUCUGAGUAAAAAGGAGACUUCUGCUUGCACAGAGCUCAUAAAAUGCCGUUUUUGAAGCAGUUCCUGCAACAACUCGCUGCGCUUCGUCCGUGACUCGUCAAAUCAAACGUGAUUCAACACAUUCAGGAAAAUAUGGUCAGUUUCACUUUAACUAAUGCUUUAUGGAAGUCUGGGUUUUUUUGCAGGACAGAAUCUCCGAGUGAAAAUGUGAAGUGAGACUGAAAUGAAACAGUGAAAAUGGUUUUUUGCUCAACUUCAGCUGUGGAGCUGAUUUGCACCACUUCAGCAGUGUGGAGAGACUCAGCACCGCCCUGCGAGGUGUUGCACUGGAGGACAGCCGAUGAGCCGCUCCGCCAGCUGAUUCACACACACCUCGCCGCCUAACUUCUUCCAUUUUCCACUUGCUCUAUUGCUAUUUCCAGAAAACACAAACAGAUUGAAAAUGUAGAGUUCAGAGGUAGAAAUGAGGAGAAAAAAAAAAGAAGAAAGCAAGGCUGUUCAUCAGGCG